CACCCUGCGCACUGAAUGCCAGACUCUGUGAUGGGAGGGGGAGGAGACCCGCCCUGUGAGCAGUUCAGGAAGGAAGGCCUAGCAGGGAGAGGGGGAGGUUGGAGCAGAGCUGCCGGCACAGGAGAGAGACACACAGGGACGCAGGCAGGCUUAAUACUUUGCAGUUAUGCUCUUUUCGCAUGGAAAAAAAUGGAAGAAGCCACACUGGAGUUUCAACCAGUCAUAGAGGUGCAGGUGAAUAUCAGUUCCAAAGCUCACACUGACAGAGUUCUCACCUGCCUUGAAGAGCAGAGAAAAAAGGAUUUCCUCUGUGACAUAACAUUGAUCGUAGAAAAUGUACAGUUCAGGGCCCAUAAGGCUGUGUUAGCUGCCACUAGUGAAUAUUUCUCCAUGAUGUUUGCUGAAGAAGGGGAUGUAGGACAGUCCGUAUAUGUGAUGGAAGGGAUGGUUGCUGAGAUCUUUGAAGCUCUGUUGCAGUUUGUCUACACUGGCAAUGUCCAAGUAGGUGAAAAAGCCCUCCAACAAAUACUGGCAACUGCACAGAUUCUAAAAGUAGAGGAUUUGGUUAAAGCAUAUGGCAAUUAUCAGGAGGAUCAAAACACAGAAAAAAUCUCUUCUGGUGCCCCAGUAAUUACCACAACUGAUAGAAUCAAUGGUAUUCCUCAGAAACGUAAGAGAGGAAGGCCAAAAAAACACUGUUAUGAGAAAGAGGGGGAGAAUUCUCUUAAAACCAAUGUGCAGCAAUCCGAUAAAUUCACUGAACAUGGCACAGAGCCUAGCAAAAGUUUUUUUAAAGGAAAUACAUCAAAUGGUCAUGAAGCAGCUCUGGCAAGUGAUUCAGAGGAGGGCUUUCAGCUAAAGGGAGCCACCAGUCCAAAUUUUCAGGAAGGAAAUGCUCUCCUGAAGAGGCACAGCAAACGCAGACUGCAGAGAUCCAUCAAGUUGAGAGAUUACAGACUUAUGGAAGAUAGAGAUGAGUGUCACGCAGAGCCAGUAAAAUUAACAAGCAAGAAGAGAAAGCAAAGUAGUCUGGAGGCUCAAUGCAAGGACUGCGAAAAAAGUUUUAAAAAUAAUCACUUUUUAGCUAUUCACCAAAGAAUACACACGGGAGAGCGGCCGUUCCGUUGUGCUGAAUGUGGAAAGGGUUUCUCCCAGAAGCAUUCCUUGCAAGUUCAUGAACGCAUACAUACUGGAGAGAGGCCCUACACCUGUACUGUCUGCAACAAAGCAUUGGCCACCAAGCAUUCCCUCAUGGAGCACAUGAGCCUACAUGCAGGAAAGAAAUCAUUUACAUGCGACCAGUGUGGAAAAUAUUUUAGCCAGAAAAGACAGUUAAAAAGUCAUUAUCGUGUUCAUACAGGUCGGACAUUACCAGAAUGUACUAUUUGCCAACGGAAAUUUAUGGACAGUGCUCAGUUAAAAAAACACCUGCGUUCUCAUACAGGUGAAAGACCCUUUACUUGCGAGAUUUGUGGAAAGUCUUUCACAGCUAAAAGUUCUCUACAAACGCAUAUAAGGAUACACAGGGGAGAAAAGCCAUACAGUUGUAGUAUUUGUGGAAAGUCCUUUUCUGACUCCAGUGCCAAAAGAAGACAUUGCAUUUUACACAGUGGUAAGAAACCUUUCUCAUGCCCUGACUGCAGUUUACAGUUUUCCCGAAUGGACAACCUGAAGACCCACAUGAAAAUCCACAGCAAAGAAAAGCAUUCUCAGGUACAAGAAGCUAUAAGUGGAGGUGCUGAUGAGGUGCGCAACAUCCUUCAGCUACAGCAGUACCAGCUUGCAACAACAGAUGGAGAGGAAAUUCAAUUACUUGUGACAGACACUGUCCACAACUUGAACUUUAUGUCUGGACACGAUCAAGGUAUCAGUAUUGUUACUGCCGAUGCUUCCCAAGGGAUAGCAGACCAGGCCAACAACCUCACCUUGAUUACCCAUCAGCCUCCUCCUUUGCACAAUUUGUCUGUCACAACCCACCCUCAGCAUGUGGAACAUAUUCACAACAUGGACUUAUUGGAAAACCAAGUUCAGUCCAUGCAACCUAAACAAAUGCACGUGAUCACCUUCUCAGAGAAAGUCAUAAGUCAGACUUCAGAGAUUCUAAUGUCUGAAACAGUCAGACAAAUGCCACUGAUCCAUGGGCCUUCUCACCAGUCUCAUAAUCUGGGGAACCAAAGUGUCCGUGUUGCUGAACACAGGCAGCCCGAUUUAUCUGUGAAUCAGGCUAGUCGGCAUGGAACUGCACAACUCCAGCCACAGACUAUUGUAAUACAUACCAAUAACUCUUUCAUAAACACAGAAAAUUUAUAAUGUGGACAGCAUGCAUUCUGUGUUUGAUAAAAGCCUUUGCAGUGAAUAAACUUAAAGGAACAGUAACACCAAAAAAUGAAAGAGCUUUAAAGUAAUAAAAAUAUAAUGCACUGUUGCCCUGC